AUGUCGAGCCGCAGCAUCUCGUUCUCGCGGCCGGCGACGUACAACCCCGAGCUUGUGCGCAAGGCGACGUUCGAAGACGACGAUGACGCGGUGCGGCGGCGCCAGAUGAAGGAAGAACUCGGCCUUGACGACGACGACGCAAUGCUCGAGCAGCCAAAGACGUCCUCCAACAACGCCGAGUGGCAGCAAAAGUGCGAGGACGCGCUCGCCAAGCUCCGCGUCGCCAUCGAAAACGAAGAGAAGGCGCAGAGCUCGCUCAGCAAACUCCAACUCCUGAGCAAAUCCCAGACCGCGAUUCUCAAGACGACGUUCGACAAGAAACUCAAGGCCAAAGAGUCGCUCGUGCAAGACCUGUUGUACGCCAUCUCGCAGCACGAGACCAAGCUACGCGCCGGCGGUAUCGCUUUUGACCCCGUCGACACGGAACUCGCCGAGGCAUCCGCGACAGCAGCGUCCACCAAGGACGACGGUGGCGACGAUCCGCUUGGCAGCCUCCGCGCCGAGAUUGACGCCCUCACGGAGCAGAACCUUCAACUCAAGAAGCAGCUGCGCGCUGACACGACAGCGGGUUCAAAGAGCUCCAGUAGUGAUGCAAGCGGACUUCAAAAGAAGGUUGCGACGCUCGAGUCAGAGAAGCAAAACCUCCUCGCGCUUCUGAAGGACGCCCAGACCAAGUUGAGCAAAGCCAAGGACGCGCCUCUGCCUCCCGCCGCCCCGGAUACCAAUAUCGAUGCCGCAGCCCAAGCGGCGCAAAAAAAGCUGGAAGUCGCGCUCCAAGCUUCGGCCAAGAAGAUUGCGUCCCUGGAGCAAGAACUCGCAGCGGCCAAGAAAGCAGCCACCGUUGUUGCUGUACCAGCGUCGGAAGUGCAGCCCACCACGUCCGUGGCCGACCAAGCCAGAAUCACGCAGCUCGAAGCCGAUCUCGCAGCGGCCAAGGUUGCGGCGUCCGAGAUGGAGGCAACCUACGUCGCCAAGCACGAAAAGCUCAAGCAAACAGCCGAAGCCGAACUGAACAAGCUAAAGGACCAGGCGAAGAAGUCUAUUUUGGAUCUGCGGAAGAAGCUCGAAACUAACUCCAAGAGCAGUUCGCAGCUCCAGACCAAGCUCGCGGCGGCCAAAACGCAGCUGGCUGCGCAACGCCAGGACCUCGCCACGCUGCGAACGGGCGUCAGUGGCCUCGUGACGCAAUUCCCGGCGGCGGCCAAAGACAUCGCAUCCAAAAUUGAGGCGCGCGUCAAGGUGCAAGCCGACGCGCUCGCUGGUGUUGUCGACAAUUACCGGCGCGAAAUGAAGGAGCGAAAGCGCCUCUUCAACCUCGUGCAGGAGCUCCAGGGCAACAUCCGCGUGCUGUGUCGGUUCCGACCCAUCUCCAAGUCGGAGCUCGCGAAUGGAAGCAAGGUCGUCGCCAAGUUCAACGGCCCCGAGGAGGUCUCGCUCGCGGGCGACAAGGGCAAGUCGAAAACGUAUGAGUUUGAGCAUGUAUUUGACAUGCAAUCGACGCAAGACCAGGUUUUUGCGCAAGUCAAGCCGCUCAUUACGUCCGUCCUCGACGGCUACAAUGUGUGCAUUUUUGCGUACGGCCAGACUGGGUCGGGCAAGACGUUUACGAUGUCGGGAUCCACUGAGAACCCGGGCAUCAACCCGCGCGCGCUCACGGAGCUCUUUGCGCUCAAGCAGAGCCGGAAGCAAGAGUACAGUGACGAAAUCCAAGUGAGCAUCAUGGAAAUCUAUAACGAAGUGAUCCGCGACCUUCUCGCAGAAAACGCUGCGACGACGAACCUCUCGGUGCGCCAAGGCCCGAACGGCAACUUUGUGCAGGGCUUGACGAUGCUCGCCGUGGCUAACGCCAAUGACGUCUUCAACCUCAUCACGCGCGGCAACCAAAACCGCGCGACGUCUGCGACGGAUAUGAACGAGCACAGCUCUCGGUCGCACUCGAUCCUUUCCGUGUACAUCAAGAGCACCAACGUCCUCACCAACGCGGUUGCUACGGGCAAACUGCACUUGGUCGACUUGGCGGGCUCGGAGCGCCUCUCCAAGACGGGCGCCGAGGGGCAGCGGCUCAAGGAGGCGCAAAACAUCAACCAAUCGCUGUCGACGCUCGGGAAUGUCAUUCAGGCGCGCGCCAACAAGCAAAAGCACGUGCCGUACCGCGACUCGUCGCUGACGUACCUCCUCCAAGACUCGCUUGGCGGCGACUCCAAGACGCUCAUGGUCGCGUGCUCGUCGCCCGUUGACUACAACGCCGAAGAAACCUUCUGCACGCUCAACUUUGCGGCUCGGACGCGGUCGGUCGAGAUGGGCAAAGCAUCCAAGAACGUCGCGUCGACCAAGUAG